AUGUUGCCCUCUUCCCCAUUCCCCGGCAGUCAGCAGAACUCAUUAUACACUUCAUCUCAAAGUUUAUCGAACCUCGCGUUUUCUGAUGUGCCUGGAGGCUUGAUCGGUUCGCAAUCGUUUUCUUCCCAGUCUUCGCUGCAGACGCCAUCGAGCGUCGAUGCGAACUCCCCGGAAGCUUUCAAGCAGGCCAUCCAGCUUGCGCUAGGACAGGCCGCGAGAGUUCAGGACCUCGCUAGGAGUGCCUUAGCAGGAAUCGAGAAUGCAUACCAUCCUGGCACCAACCCGUUCCAAACGACAGCGGACAUGACCGCGCUGCAGCAGGCGAUGCAGAUGCUCGCGGAGCUCCUGCGGCAGACAGGCGUUGGCGCGCUCCCGCUGCACCCACCAGACCUCGCGCAGCCGCCAACGGAGGACCAACUCAUCGCUGAGACGACUGUGGCAGUGCAGGCGCUUUACGAGCGGUCGAAGCGGGUGCAGGAGAGCGCGGGCGUUGUGGCGAGUCUGCUGAGCGUCUCCGACGCGGCGAGGCGAUGACCGCGUUCAUCCGCAACGUGAGCUAAGCCAUUGAUCUUGUAUGGCAGCGUAAUAGAUGUGGUUAUGCUAACAGUGGGUUACACUUUCUGCAUGC